AUGGCCGAAAUUACGUUUCAACAACAGGCUCAAAAACUGCCAAUUCCUGGAACAGUGCCAAUUCCAAAAAAAUCAAGACCAAUAAAAACAAAUAAACCAAGACCAUUUCUAUGUUCGAUAUGUACAAGAGGUUUCGUAAGGCACGAACAUUUGAAGCGGCAUAAAAUUUCUCAUACAAAUGAAAAACCUUUCUUAUGUAUAUUCUGUGGUAGAUGUUUUGCAAGAAAAGAUUUGGUGCUCAGACAUCAAUAUAAAUUGCAUCCUGCGUUAGUGUCCCAAAAGGAUUCAAAAGAUUCAAAUUCAAACACAAACAGUGGAUCAGCCACUAAUGAAAAUAUUGUUAAAGUUACAGGUAAUAAACAAACAAUUCUACCAACACCAUUGAAUCCACUAGCGAUGACCACUGCUCAAUUGAAGAAAAAGAAUGCAGCUGAAAAAUCUAAUAAAGUAAGGAAAAAUAGUGUAUCUACUACUACGCGACAACAACAAAAGAAGGAUAAAUUAAAACCACCUGUACAAAAAAGAAAACGUCAUGCUUCUUUCUCUGCAUCAAAUGCUUUUACUUAUAGACCAAAUAAUGUAGAAUUAAGCACUAUCCCAUCAAGUACAGAUUUAAGCUCAACAGAAAAUAAUAAUCAAUUGAACAAUCAAACAAAUAUAAAUCCAGAUAUAGUUGGCAUGAAUCAAGAUCUCUCUCAAGAUGUUCCUCAUCAAGUUGGUUUCUCAACUCCUCAACUUUCUGCAAAUAGAUUAUUAGAAAAAAUUUUCAACUCUGAAUUAGCGGUUAAUGCUGAUAUUCUACAAUUUUCUUUAGAAGAUAGUUUUCUAACAAAUAACCUACCAUCGAACUUACCAGGUUUCAUAAAUAACGACAUCAUGAACAACAAAAACAACAGCAACAACAACAAUAAUAAUACUAAUAACGGUCAGAAAAAAAAUGACAAUCAAAAUAAAAUUAAUGACAAGAAUAAUGAUGACAAGAUUAAUAAUAGUAAUAAUCAUAGUAUCAUUAACGACAACGGUAUGAGCUUAGCUCAAAGUGUAACAAGCAUGUUCAAUUUUUUUAAUAAUAACAAUACUAAUAACAUUAAUCAUAAUAAUCAUAAUAAUAACAAUCCAACAAAUCUACCACGUUAUAUUCAUCAUGAUAAUAACACUAAUCAAAAUAAUACCGAUCAUAGUAAUCAAAAUAUUAUUAGAAAUGACAAUAAUAGCAUUAAUAGUUCAAACUAUAACAAUAAAGUUUUUGCACCUUCGGCAUCAUUUUUAUCAUUGGCAAAUUUAUUAACAAUAGGUCCCACUGGUGAAGGUGGUUAUUCGAAUAGUGAUAUCAUACUUAAUAAUAUUAGUAAAAACAAUAAUUCGUCUAGUAUGAGUAAUUUGAUUGAUUAUUUCAAUUAUUCCCAACAGAAUCCAAUAUUAAAUCACAAUAACAGCUCAAACAAUGACAGUGUUAGCCCAAAAAGCGAGAAACAAUUGGAUGGUAAUCACUAUGACGAAAAAUGGCUAUCUAGCUUUUUAGCCAUUAAUCCCCAAUUUCAAAAUGUUGAUCCGGAUAAUUAUAAAAUUUCAUCAAAGAAUUUUAAUGAAAUUGGGUUUGUUGAUCCAUUUUCAAACACUCCAUCAACUAUAUCUUCAGAUAUCAGUUCAUCUUCAGGCUCCCCUACUGUAAUGGAUCAGGCAACUGUUUCAUCUUCUACUUCUUUCGAAAAAUCUGCAUCUCCAAAAAAUACAUUUGUUAAUAAUAUUCCAGAGGUAAAAGUUAAUGGUAUUACUUCUUCAACUAAUAUGCAUUCAAGCUUUAAUAAAAAAAGAAAAAAUUCUAGAGCUAGUUCAAAGCGUAAAGGAAGUGUUGUAUCAAGUUUUUUUUCAUCAAGACAACAUGACAUAUUUACAGAAGACACCAAUUUCUUAAAUUCUAUUAUAAAUCAAAACUUAAUCCCUACAAACUAUUCCCAAGGAUUCGAAUCUAUCACUAAGACCAACGCAUUGUAUAUCGGAAAUCAACAAUCGGCUACAAAGUUUGUGGAAACUAGAGACCAUUUUACUGAAGAAAUCAGACAACAUAUUAUUACUGAAAACAAUUUAAAAUGUGACUUGUUCCCUACAGUUACAGAAUUGAAUUCAUAUGUCAAUUUAUACAUUUUGAAAUUUCAUCCGUACUUUCCAUUUAUUCAUUUGGGUUCAUUGACCGCUGGUAAAGAUAAUUAUGCGUUUAUUUUAUCAUUGACUGUCAUCGGUGCAUUAUUUGGUUUUCAUUCUUCGCAUGCAAUGCUGUUAUCUAAGGUAGCAUGGUUUCAAAUUAAAAAUACUAUUACUAAUCUAAGACAAACCCAUACAUAUUCAGAUAUUCCAUUAUGGGUUUUGCAGAGUAUGGUUUUGUUGAUAUUUAUCAAUAUUUUUAAUAAUGAUUUGAGUGAUAAUCAGAAGAAUAUUAUUCAUACACAAUUGAUGACUGUUAUUGAAUUGGUAAAAUUAACAAAAAUUAAUCUACCAAUUGAGGUGGUCGAAACUCCACCAAUUGAUAGUGAUCAUUAUAUGGAUUUCCAUGACAAUCCUGAAAUAAUCUCAAAGUUUGAAGCUCAAAUAAAUUCUAUUGAACAAGUCAAGAAGAAUUUCGAUUACUUCAUUAAGGCACAAUCUCGUAUUAGGACAUGUCAUACAAUUUUAAUUAUCUCUAAUAUGUUCACUACAAUGGUUGGUCUAGAAUCUUCAUUCCACUCUAUUGAUGUUAAAUGUGGUAUACCAUGUAACUUAGCAGAGUUAUUUGACUGUAAAGAUGAAAACGAAUGGCAACGUCUUCUACGUGAAAACAAUAUUACCAUUGACUCAAAGUUCUCCCUAUUAGAGUUAUCUAAUGGUGGUGAAACGUAUGAGAAUUGUUUGAAUUACUUAGCUAACGGUAACAACUUCUUAUAUGAAAAUGAAAAGUUAUCUUUGAAGACCUUACUAUCAUUAUUAGUGACUAUUCAUGAGAAGAUAUUCUUAGAAAGAAAUAAGAUUUCACAGAAAUUCCAAAGAAAUACAUUAAAUAGUGAACUGUUUUGGAGAAUGAAUGCAAGACCAGUUAUUGAGUCAGCUUUGAAGAAUUGGGAAGCCUUGUAUUUAAAGAAUGGUGGUAUAUUGGUACCUAAUGAAAAUAAUAUUAGUAUGAUUUAUGAAAAUCCUGAAAGUUUAAUGGUAAUUCCAUUAUAUGCAUUAGCUAAUAUCCGUAAAUGUUUGGAUCUAACAGUAGUUAUGAGCACUAUCUGGUUACAAGAUUGGGAAAAAAUGAAUAAAAUUUUAGAAAAAAAGAUCCUGUACUGUGAUUUGGAUUCUUUACAUGAAGCCACUGAUUAUGCCUUGAGUGUGAUCAAUUUCUGGGUUAAUUCUGUUUCUAUUACUCAAAAUGCUAAAACAACUUCUAGAAGAACUCCUAUUUUUGCAUUAUUGAGUAUAUUUGUUUCAAUAUUUUUGAUCUCUGAACAAAUGAAAAGAAUUGAAGAUUGGGCUAUUGCUGUUGACAAUAAUUGUUUAACACCAAGUUCUUUACCUCCUGUGUUAAAAACAUCUGAUAGAAUUGCAUGGUUAAGAUGUGAAAAGAUUUUGAAAAAGGUUGAAAUGCAUUUAUUACCCAAGGGUUAUAAUAAAGAAACAUAUGCUGAAUUCCUAAGAAUUCAAGCUAAUGGUGCAUUAGAUGUUGAUGUUUUGGAUGAUAGACUAGCUGAAAAUGCCAUGAAACAAGAAACUUCAAUAGACGAAACUGUUUAUGUCAUUAAAAACGCAAGAUUAUCAUCAAGAUGUUUGUAUUUAGGUGUAAGAAUAUUGGGGGAUGCACCAAUCUGGCCUAUCGCAUUGUUAUUGGCACAUGCCUUGCAAUCGAGAGCAGUUUACAAAUCUAAACAUCAGAAUGAUAACAAUCCAGUUAAUAUCCAUGAUCAAUUUAACACCAUGAACGUUGAAACCUAUUAUAAUUCAACAAGCGGUGCUUAUUAUGACGAUACAGAGAAGGAAAAGGACGAAGAUGAUGGUAUCUUAACGUUCUAA